CACCAGCCUGCGCUUUGUGAAACUUUGAUUUCUUUCGUCCCGCUUUUAAAGACAAGCUUUAUACAUGGGGGAUACGAAAAUUACUCCCGAAGUGUUGGAGCAACUACUACAGUUUUACAAUCUUACUCGUCAGGAGUUUAUUAAAACGUAUGAGAUUCAGCCGUUGGUUUACAUCCCUGAGUUACCGGCCAGCGCCAAAACUAUAUUUGUUAUUGUGUACACUGUGAUUUUUCUCCUGGCUCUCAUUGGCAAUAGUCUAGUUGUCUACAUUGUCUUAAGAACGCGUGGGAUCCAGACCGCCACAAAUAUUUUCAUCUGCUCUCUAGCCGUCAGCGACCUCCUGAUAUCUUUCUUCUGCAUCCCAUUCACUCUGCUGCAGAACAUCUCUUCUGAAUGGUUCGGGGGUAUGUUGGUGUGCAAAACUGUUCCUUUUGUUCAGACCACUGCUAUUGUGACUGGCAUUCUCACAAUGACCUGCAUCGCUGUGGAGAGGUACCAGGGGAUUGUACACCCUCUGAAAAUCAAAAGACAGUGCACUCCACAAAGAGCAUACAGAAUGCUGGGGGUUGUCUGGAUCGCAGCCAUGCUGGUUGGAUCUCCAAUGCUCUUUGUUCAACAUUUAGAGGUGAAAUAUGAUUUUCUAUAUGAUCUCCAUCAUGUGUGUUGUCUGGAGCGCUGGAGCUCAAGUGCCCACAGGAAGCAGUAUGCUACUUUUAUUCUAGUGUUCCUCUUCCUCCUACCUCUUGCAGCCAUGCUGCUACUCUACACCAGAAUUGGUAUUGAGCUCUGGAUUCGCAAACAAGUUGGAGACUCUUCAGUGCUCAAUGCCAUGAACCAAAGGGAGGUCAGCAAAAUAUCCAGGUGA